AUGAGGCCCACGGCAAUGCCACGAUCACUCGGGCUAUUCCAGACCGCCCGAGUCGGGUACUCGUUGGGUCGCCGCGCUAUCCAGACCGCAAGCAGCUCGCGCAUCCCUAACUUCGCAUUUGCAUUCGACAUUGACGGCGUCCUCCUUCGAGCUUCAAAACCGAUCCCCGGCGCGGCCAAGUCAUUGCGCCUACUAAAGGACCAAGGCAUUCCGUUCAUCCUCCUCACGAAUGGCGGUGGAAAACAUGAGACAGAGCGUGUGGCGGAAAUCAGUGAGAAGCUCGAUGUAUCUCUGGACUCGACGCAUAUAGUUCAGAGUCACUCCCCUUUUGCGGAACUCGUCAAAGGUGAGGACGAGACCAGUGCUCUGGAACAUAAGUGCAUUUUAGUCGCAGGCGGCGAUGGUGACAGCUGCAGACGUGUUGCUGAACGGUAUGGGUUCAAGAACGUUGUGACCCCGGGCGAUAUUUUCAUGGCCAAUCCUGCUAUCUGGCCAUUUUCGAAGAACUACACGGACUAUUACAAGACGUUCGCGCGCCCUCUUCCUCGAAUUUCUGGGUCACAGGAUUCAACCAAUGGGCUUAAAAUCGAUGCGGUGUUCGUUUUCAAUGAUCCUCGAGAUUGGGCCCUAGACACGCAGGUGAUCAUGGAUCUGUUGCUCUCCUCCAAUGGAGUCAUGGGUACCCUUUCGGAAAAGAACGGCCGGUCCGAUCUGCCCAAUCAUGGUUACCAACAAGACGGGCAACCCUCUUUGUAUUUCUCGAAUCCUGAUCUGUGGUGGGCAGCUGCCUACCAUCUGCCUCGACUUGGCCAAGGAGGGUUCCGAGAAGCACUCGAAGGCGUUUGGGCUGCAACCACGGGCGGCCCCAGCAAGGGUAUUGAGUUGAAGAAGACCGUGAUUGGAAAGCCCUAUCAAGCGACUUAUGAAUUCGCAGAAAGACAACUUCUGCGCAAUCGAGCGCACUCUUUCAGCAGUGCAACAAACCUUCCUCCUUUGGAACGAGUAUACAUGGUCGGUGAUAAUCCCGAGUCGGACAUCCGGGGUGCCAAUUCAUACAGAAGUGAGAUGGGCAGCAGCUGGCAGUCCAUCCUUGUGCGCACAGGUGUGUAUAGCGGUGGCGAGCCGAUAUGGACUCCACAAGUUAUUGCAGAUGAUGUUCAGGAGGCUGUUCAAUGGGCAUUGAAGGCCUCAAAGUGGAAUUAG